ACCUCCGAGCUCCGACGGACUCGUGAUCCAACCACCAACGUCGAAAAUAGACGACCUGGAAGCUCCAAACUUCAGCAACACACUACAAUAGACAUUGACAUUCAAAUAUCCCUGCAGAUAGAAGAGGCAAAUAUCUACAAGGAGACGAAGCAAUUCACCUACAAGGAUGGUGCCCAGUAUGUCUUCAUGGAUCUGACCUCUUAUGAAGAAUAUCGUCUAAAUGAAAAAGAAGUUGGAGAUAAAGCAAAGUUUCUAAAAGAGGGCAUGGACUGCAGUUUGCUUUUCUGGAACGGGAAGGUGAUCGACUUUGAAUUGCCUAUAACAGUAAAGUUGACAGUGGUGGACGUUGAUCCAGGCGCCAAAGGUGACACUGCCCAAGGUGGAUCAAAGCCAGCAACCCUCGAUACCGGUGCAAUUGUUAGCGUUCCAUUAUUCAUAAAUAGAGGAGAGGAAAUCAUGGUUGAUACUAGAAAUGGACAAUACAUGAGCCGCGCAUAGGUUUGCUUCAGGAUACAAUUUUGUUACAACUGAAACUUUUUGUAUCUAUAUGUAUUAGAACCUAGUAUUAACAUUAGAAGACCCCAUUGAGAAUACUAUUGGAAACCUUCUGUUUUAGUGUACAAAUGGGAAAGAAAAGUAAUCCUUGUUUUACUGCCAAUUUUUACCUUCCAAACACAACUCUAAAAAUAUUGUGAGUAGUGAAAAAUUGGGUGAAGUUCUAAAA